AUGGUGACCCAUGCUUUGGUAGCAGCAGAAGCAAUUUGCUCAUAUGCUGUCAAAAGUCGGAGCCGGAGCCGCAACGAGGUUGGUCGGUUUGGAGCUGCGGGGAGAGGACCCAAGGGGCAGACGGGCCGCUAUGUGCUCAUCCAACGACUCCGAGACAAAGAGCGGCAAAUGCUGCCCCAGGAGUGCCCGGUGGGGACCCAGGCCACAUGUGGACAGUUUGCCAACGACGUCCAGUUUGUGCUCCGGCGGACGGGGCCCAGCCUAGCUGAACGGCCCGCCUCGGACCCCUGUCUUCCCCCAGAGCCUUCCCUCGCGUGGGCCAGCCUUCCCCCCAGGCCCCAGCCCCCUGCCCACCAUGAGCCCCGCAGGGAGUGGCCCUCUCCCCCCUUGGGAAGGAGCUCCAUCUGGCCCAAGGAGGACGUGGGAGAGGAGCUGUGGGGCCUGGAGCAUCUGGUCCAAAGCAAUGAGGCCGAGCUGGGUCAGGAGGGCUUCUGGCAAGAGGAGCUCAAGCGGGAACUGGAACAGGAGCUGGAGCGGCAGGGCCACAUGCAGAAACUGCAGGCCGCCACCGAGGAAUGCGUCCGGCGCCUUCGGGAGCUGGACGCUCAGGCCCGGGCUCUGGAGGAGGAGAUCCGCUGGCGGCAGCAGCAGCAGGAGGCGCCGGGUCCCCGGAGGCCGCAGGAUGAGGCGGCGGCCGCCCGGCUCCAGAGGGACCUGCAGACCGAGGCCCUCCAGAGCGAGAGGCUGGAGAGCAGCCUGGCCUGCGUGCGCCGGGCCCUGGCGGAAACGGAGCAGAGCCUGCAUGCCCAGGCCCAGGAGGUGGAGGAGCUGAACCGAGAGUUUAGAUAGUGUAACCUACAGCAGUUCAUCCAGCAGGCCGGGCCUGCGCUGCCCCCAAGGCCCCAGGGCCCUGGCUCCAGCCAGGAAGAAGACUCUGAGCAGGGCCUUUGUGUGGCCGCCACUCUGGCGCCUUCCUCUCCGCCGCCCGCCACGGCCGCGGGGAGGCCGUGGCUGUGGUCGGCCGCUCACUCGGCCCCCUCGGCUCUCACCGUCACCUCUCUCUCAGAGACAGCUCACCUGGACCCCGAGGCCCUGCUAAAGGUGGUCGCUGCCAGGCCGGGGGACCCAUGUUCCAGCCGUCCCGCUGGGCAGAGGAGUAGCCAGCUCCUGUCCCUCUCCACACAUGCUGCACUGGUCAGAGAUGAGUGAGGGAUCUCUGGGAAAGACUGACUGGGGCAGACAGGCAGACGGCCAGGGGUCCCCCGGACCUGGCCGGCCUCCUUUGGCCAAUUCCUCAGAUCUCUACACUGUGGCCAAUAAACUCCUAGCAGGACCCGGGGGCGGGGCUCUCUCUUGCUGUGGCCUGAGUGUGUCCCUUUCCUCACUGUGUGGAUCCCCCUGGAAUAAAGGCACCCAAGUACCAAAAAAAAAAAAAAAAAAAAAAAAAAAACAAAAA